UUUUGUUGAUGUUGAUAAAUAUUUCGAUUUGUUGAUUUGUCAAUUUUUGAUCACAUAUAUUCGAUAUUUCAAAUACUAGAAGCAGCGAAGGAUAAGUUUCCUUUUUUAGUAAAAAUGCACCAAGCAUACCUAUUGUCGCCUCUAUUGAAAGUUACUUAUCAAGUGGAAUCUAUUGCAGCUUAUGAUGAUAAUUUGCUGGUUGGAACACGGCAAGGCCACUUAUGUAUGUACAAUCUAGUGAGAACUGAUGAGAAAUGUGAUGUUCAGUUGAUGAGAUAUAACAAGUCAUUCAGUAAAAAAGCAGUUCAGCAGUUGGAAGUGAUUCCUGAACAUAACUUACUCCUUAGUCUAACAGACAAUUUAAUUCAAGUUCAUGAUCUAAAUGCCAUCAAUUUCACAACAAUACAUCAAGUUCAGAAAUCCAAAGGGGCUACUUUCUUCACCAUGAAUGUAAAGAAAACCACCUCUAUGACUGGUGAAAUAACUAGUUUGGUUCGCAUGGCAGUGUCGGUUAAAAGAAAAGUUCAAUUGUACUAUUUGAAGAAUCAUGAAUUUCUUCCUCUAAUGGAUGAUAUCAACCUAAAUGAUAUACCCCGCUCCUUAGUAUGGUGCCAAGAAGCAAUUUGUGUGGGCUAUAGAGGAGAAUAUGCUCUCCUACAGUUAGAUGGAACCCAAACAGAUUUGUUUCCAACAAGUAGUACCCGUUCUAAUGAACCUUGCAUAGUUAAAGUUUCUGAUUCUACUUUUGCAUUAUGUAGAGAAACACAGACAGUUUUAGUGAAUACAAAAGGUGAAACAGAACGAAAUAAAGCAUUGAGAUGGUCAGAAGUACCAGUAAUCUUGGCUUGGGAUGAACCUUAUGCUCUAGGAAUACUCACAGACUGCAUAGAAGUCUUGACUUUGGAACCCAGUGGUCUGGUACAAACAUUGGAUGAACUACCAAAAGUACGGUACAUAGUAUCAGCAAAACAGGGCCUGUUAUAUGCUGCAUCAAUAAGUCAGAUUUGGUGUAUUCAAGCUGUUGAUGUAGCUAAGCAGAGGAAAGUGUUGGUUGAUGCUAAACAAUUUCAAUUAGCUCUCAAACUGACACAAAUCUCUGACGAAUCCGAUGACGAAAAGAAUGAAAAGAUCCACCACAUCCAGACCCUGCUGGCCUACGACCUGUUCCACCGCAAGCAGUUCCACGAGAGCAUGCGCGAGUUCCUCAAGCUCCGAACCGACGCCUACGACGUCAUCAGGUUGUUUCCCGAUCUGCUGCCGCAGGCGCCGCCAGGGGGCGAGGCGGCUGAAACCGUGCGCGAUCUGACGGAGAAGGAGCUGGAGACGAGCAGACUGGCGCUGAUCGACUACCUGACGGAGAUGCGGCAUCAGCUGCAGGCUUCUGACACACAGGCGACCAUCAACGCCAGAGGCAACCUCAACGAGAAGACCACCAGCAAGUCCACCAACCAACUGCUCCAGAUCAUCGACACCACCCUCCUGAAGUGCUACCUCCAGACCAACGAUGCGCUGGUGGCACCGCUCCUCCGCCUCAACCGCUGCCACCUGGUGGAGGCCGAGAAGGUCCUGAAGAAGAUGGGCAAGCACAACGAGCUCAUCAUCCUGUACCAGACCAAGGGGCAGCACCGCAGAGCGCUGGAGCUGCUGCAGUCCGAGGGGGUGGUGGAGCGCACGGUGGGGUAUUUGCAGCACUUGGGGGUGGACAAUAUGGGGCUGGUGCUCGAGUUCGCUGAUUGGGUGUUGCGAGAGGCGCCCGAGGAGGGAUUGAAGAUAUUCACUGAGGACAUAGCCGAAGUGGAAGCUCUGCCGCGACCUCGCAUCCUCGACUUCCUCCUCAAAUCCCACAAAGCAGCAGUGAUCCCCUACUUGGAGCACGUGGUGCACACGUGGGAGGACUCCAAUCCCCUGUUCCACAACGCCCUCAUCCACCAGUACAGGGAAAAAGUGACGUCAGACGGGCCGGCGGGCUCGGAGCACACGCGCAAGAAGCUGCUGCAGUUCCUGGAGGGCAGCAAGCAGUACAGCCCGGAGAACGUGCUGAACAGCUUUCCCGUGGACGGGCUGCUGGAGGAGAGGGCAGUGGUGCUGGGCAAGAUCGGGAGGCACGAGGAGGCGCUGGGCAUUUAUGUGAGGGCGUUGGGGGAUGUGAAGAAGGCGGAAGAGUAUUGCGAGCGGCUUUAUAGGGAGGAGGUUCCCGGCAGUAGGAAGGCGUACGUUUACCUGACGAAACUCAUCCUGGAUCCAGCCAGCUGCCCCCUACCGCUGCCGGCGUCAGUCCUCUCUCCGAAGACCGCCCAGCCCGACCUGGAGUUAGCCCUGCAGCUGCUGGAGGCGCACGCGGGCCACACGGACGCGCUGGAGGCGCUGGCCGUCCUGCCGGACUCGCUGCCCAUCUCCAGGAUCCACAAGUUCCUUUCGGUGGCCCUGCAGAAGGUGAUCGAAGAGCGGCGCGGCAUGCAGCUGAUGAAGGGGCUGCUGUACGAGGAGCAUCUGCGCUGCCAGGAGAUGCGGCUGGCGCUGCAGGGCCAGCACGUGCUCGUCACCGAGCUGAACGUGUGUCCGGUGUGCAAGAAGAGGUUCGGGAAUCAGAGUGCAUUGGUGCGGUAUCCAAACGGAGAUGUGGUACACUAUUCCUGUCAAGAGAAGAAGAACUGAUUCAACUCAUUAAAGCUCUGACUUCAUUGUUUUAAAGACUUAUUGAGGUCUCAUUUUAUAUUAUACUUUGAUUUGUGAUAUCAUUCUAGUUAGGAAUUGUAAUAUUUUAUAUUGGAUUAAAUAAUAAAUAUAUAAUAUGUAAGCAGCCCAAUUUUAAUGAAAUUAAAAUAUGGAAAAACAGUUAAA